AUGGCGCUUCCCAAGCUCUCUCUGGCGCUCAGCCUGGCCCUGCUCGCUUCCUGCGUCCUGGCACGGCCCCACGAUGUGGGGUCGCAGCCCCAUGAACACUUAGUGGGGGGCCGGCAGGAGCUGUCACCGGACGACCCGCAGGUGAAGAAGGUGGCGCAGGCGGCCGUGGCCAACUACAACAUGGGUAGCAACAGCAUGUACGUCUUCCGGGACACAAAGAUCAUCCGAGCCACCUCCCAGCUGGUGGCUGGGGUCAAAUACACCCUGACCAUGGACUUGGGGAGCACUUCCUGCCGCAAGACCACGCUGUCUGGAGAGCAGAUGGACUUCACCACUUGCCCACUGGCUGCAGAUGAGGAGCAGGAGAAGCUCCGCUGCACCUUUGAGAUCCUUGUGGUCCCCUGGAAGAACAGCUCCCAGCUCCUAAGUCAUGACUGUGUGAACUUGUAG